CAGCGGAGAACCAGAAUGUCAGAUAGGUCCAAAGAUUCCAAGUUCUAUCCUGAAGCUUCAAUGGUCUGAUAUCGUCAUUGUCCAGCCACAUAUCAGCAGGAUCCACAUCAUCAGCUCCCUUUGCUUUCAAGUGAGGCGCUGGAAUGCCUUCCUUGAUGCGUCUGAUAAGACUGCUCGCCAUUGUGUAAAGGUGGGAGAAGGUCCGUGGAAGAAAGACGCAACUUGGAAAUCACAACGCAGGAAAAACUCAGGUGAGCCAAAGAGGAGUACCCUAGAUGUUAUAUGUAUCCUGUGAAAGAAAAAUGGUGUGCUUAUCGCACUUUCAAGGGAGGAUGCGACGGCCAAGAGAUAUGCCCUAUCAAAGUGGAGAGCAUGGCGACAGUGUGUGUUAAACGGACGAAGAGGCUAUCUAGGGUACUAUGGCACUUACCACAGGGCACUUACCACAGCUUAAAAUUCUAAUUUUUGGUAUCGCUGGGUUCAUCUGAACGGCGCCAAACCAUAGUUUCUGACUAGCAGACGCUUACUCUCAACAAUACACAAUAAUUCCAAUCCACAGUACAUACAGAAAAGGAGAGCCCAUAUCAACACAAAAGUCACUGCAAAUAGUCAUGUAAAAUUCAGAUAACAAACGCGCAAUUCCCGACAGUGAACCGAAGUUGAAGAGGCUUCCGAGAAGAUCCUCAAGAAUGGGAUGAAGUGCACGUGAUGGUAUACCAAAAGGCAGCUAAGAGUGGGAUUAACGAACCAGAACCUCGAAUAGGAGGUCGAAAGAGCGAAACGCAAAAUCCCAGCAUUUGAAGAUAAGACUAGUUUGAGUACACAAUUGUAAAUUGCGGGUACCGGCGAGGGCCGAAGUUUGGCCAAGCAACACAGUUAUCUCCAUAUCCGUGGGCGAACAACUCCCUGAAUCCCUCCUUUGAGAUAUAAACGUUUUCAUCACAUGAGAUUCUCGUAGAGAUUCUUCGCAGAAUUUUCUCAAACACAGAAAAUAUGUCGACCACAACCACAAUGCCAUCUUCGUCGACUUCAAAGUUGGAGCUUCGUACAGCCUAUGGACCAGUCUUUCGGGAGGUCCUAAACACUCCUCCACGAGACUGUACUGCCGAGGAAAUUCCGAUUAUCGAUCUGACUCCAUUGUCUUCGCCCAAAUUUGAAGAAAGGAAGGAGUUGUCGAAGCAGAUUCGAGCUGCAGCUGUCAAUACUGGAUUCUUCUAUAUCAAAAAUCAUGGUAUUGAUGACAAGACAAUUGCGGACGCCAGAAAGCAAUUGCUCGCUUUCUUCAAACAAUCUACCGAGCAGAGGAUGAGAGUAAGCAAGGAUAAAUCAAAGUACUUCAACGGUUACAAUGGGCCAAGAAGCACCAACAUCAGCCCUGGAGAAAGUGUCGAUAUCAAGGAAUCGUUGGGCUGGAGAUAUGCUCCAAAGUAUGAUCCUGAUACCAAAGACCUGAACGCAAUCCCAGAAGAAGUCAAACCAUGGAUCAGGGGAGAGGAAUUUGUCUGGGAAGAGACUUCUCACCUGCCUGAUUUCAAGAAAGAAGUCCUGCACUACUGGGCUUCUUGCUUAACCCUGGCCAGGAAACUGGUGAGAGUAUUCGCCCUGAGUCUUGACCUGGAAGAAAACUAUUUCGACAGCCGCACAACAUACCCUGGGGCUGACGGAGUCUUCAACUACUAUCCCACCACAACUGAGGAAGAAACAAAGAACAACUCUGUAGGGCUGGGAAGUCACACUGACCUCCAACUGUUCACUCUUCUCUGGCAAGACAUGACUGGUGGUCUACAAGUCUUGAAUCGUGACGGACAAUGGAUCAAGGCCACACCUGUUGAGGGUACCAUUGUCGUCAAUAUCGGAGACUUUAUGAUGAGAUUGUGCAACGACAUAUACAAGAGCACGGUGCACAGGGUAUACAAUCGAUCGACAGUCGAGAGAGUAUCAAUGCCGUUCUUCUUCGGUCUCAAUUUCAACUGUGUCGAAGGUGUGGUACCGUCGUGCACAUCUGCGGAUAACCCGCCAAAAUAUGAGCCCAUAUCAUGCGGCGAUUGGUGUCAGCUGAGAUUCAAAAGAGAAGAAGAUGAGUUCAAAAAGCAACAAGCUCUCCGGGCACAAGCUCCCAGUGCCAUCAUAAUUUCCGCAUAAAGUAGAUUGUUGACUUGAUGAAAAGCGAGAUUCAACAUCUGUAUUCAUAGCACUUCGAAAACUCGUAGCUCGUAGCCGUUUGGCAGCUUUGGAUAUGACCAUAACGUAGCUCGUACCAAUCGUGAAGCCCAUACUGCUGGAUACUGCCAGCCCUCUACCGGGCCCGCACAUGUAAUGAAAUUUGAUUCAUGUCUUCGUUUUGGCCAAUCAUAUGACUUUCUGUAUCAAUUCCAGCAUAUCAAAGAAAGCGUCCCUUUCCAUGUCUAUUUUCGGAAGCCCGAAGCCAACCACAACAGUUCGCGUAUCCUCCGGAUCUCUUGUAGCAAUCAGGCUUGCAAUCUGGCUGGCGUAGAGAUGGCCAAUAGUUUCUCGUUGGUCUCCACCUGCACCAAGCAAAGUCUUCGGCGUUAAGUGGCUGAGCGGAAGAGUGUCCUGGUCAUCUGAUGGCAAUGCUGUAUCGAAGGAGGUCGGAGAAGCAGAGGACAAAGGCACUUGAAUC